ACCGAUUUCCAAAAUGUCCUGGGAUACAAGAAAUCACAGGUAUAGAUCCCUCACAAAAUACAUUGGAGGAUCUGAUGCUGCGAAUCUGCCAUGAAAACAAUGUUGACAAAAACGUGUCUGUAUGCCUUUACACUGCUGAUGGUAUGCCUUUGACAGAUGAUCCUUUUUUUAACAAAUGGUCUUUGAAUGACAGGCAUAUUGCAAGUGGGAGUGAACUGUAUGCCAUAUUUACACCAAGUGAAAAUUUAACAGAGUUACCACCGACACAAAGACAGGCCAACCUCAUAAAAAAUGAAGGACCGGGUGUCGUCCGCUGUCACAUAAUGUUACAGGGAGACUUCGAAAUCAAAGCUGACCUCGAAAGUGAUACACUGAGAGAUGUGACACUACGGCUUUCAGUUGAAAGUGGUAUACCAGCACCAGUUCUUCACAUCAGAAGUGAAGAUUAUAAUCAUGUUGACAAACUAAGUGAGCUUGGAAUCACAGAGGAUUCAGUUCUGCAUUUCUCUCUGUCAUCAUUUAAUAAUGAGAACCCAAGUUCAAGUCUUUUCUUCCAAAAUGAUGUCAGACCCUCAGUGAAUCAAACCCAGAAAGGCCUAAGUGUUUUUCUGUCAACGCUCUAUGCCAUUAAACUUAGACACGGUGGAGAAGAAUUUAAGAAAGUGGUUGCAUAUAUUAGGAGACUGAGUGGAUGCAAUGCUUUGGCUCAAAGUUUAUUCCAAAUGAUCUGUGGGAACUUGCAUGUAACUAGAAACCAAAAGAUUGCUGUUGUUGAGGGUCUUUACUUUCUUUUCCGAGAGUUGUUACCAGGUCUCGGUGAAAGAUCAGGCCCAAAGAUCAUUGAAGAUACUGAUGUUUUUGAAUAUGCAAAUAUUUGCUGGGCUUACUUGAUUGCUCAAGGACAGAAUGAGAAUAACGAUCUGGAGAACUAUGCUACAAUUUCCUUGAAAGCUUAUCCUACUGGCAAGCGGCUGUCUGAGCCAGUGAGAGUACCAGGGACACCAGAAGUAUUUGAUAGGUCAUACGUCCUGGAAAAAAUCACAGAUGGUGUAAAAAUUCCAAACUGUGAUGAGGUGAAUCUGCUGGAGUCAUCGAUUCAAAGAGCUAAAGAUAUCGAGAAAAUUUCGCUUAGUCUUCCGGCAUCAUUUGAUAGGUUUCCAUUGUGGAUAUCUCAUAACAGCACCCCACAAGGUUGCAAUUUUCAGAUUGAACAGAAGAAAACAUUUUCAGACAUGUAUGAGGACGUCCAACAGUACAGUCACUUGAUUGUCACACCACCACUGCAACUGGCAAAUAUGGGAAUUGAGGGUCCUCUGCUGGUGUAUCUCAGUGAAGAUAAUCUAGGCGUUUACAUGAACAAAGACAAAGCACAAGCAUGUCAUAUUAAAGUUCAUGACUGUCUAUCUGGAAAAGAAACCACAAGAAAUGUGAAUGAGCUGGCUGAAAUGCUCAAUGAUACCAGAACUGACAACACCUUCAAAGUCAGUAAAACCCCCAAAGAGGCAAUUGUGGUGCUCUUUGAUUCAAGUUCUUCAAUGAAGGGAGAAUGUUAUGACACUGCCAGUCAGAUGAAUCGCAUUGAUGCCGUCAAGCAAAUCUUUGACAGCUUUUCAAACCGAAGUAUGGCAUAUGAUUUAGAACAUGUAAUCUGCCUUGUGGUCUUUAACAAAACAGUGAAAACUGUUCUUGAAUUCACUGAAAAUCUGGAAACCUUCAAGGAGCAAGUGCAUGCUAUUGAAGCAUCAGGGUGCACUAGGUUAUAUGAUGCACUUGUUCUUGGUAUCUCAGAGUUUGACAAUAUUAAGAAAAGGUUUCCAGCUUGCAGAUGUCGCAUCUUGUGUUUGACAGAUGGCAAUGAUUUCAGAUCCGCAAAUAAUCCUGUCACCGUUGUCAGAGAAUUGAUGAACAAAAAUAUUGUGGUUGAUGCUGUUCUUGUUGGCAGAGCAGAGAACACUGUUCUACAUGGAAUCAGCUAUGUAACAGGUGGAUAUUGCUUUAAGCCUGAAAAUGCAAAGGCUGCCCUUAAGCUUUUUGAGAUGGAAACUGUCUUGUCCAUGGAGAUGAGAGCAGAGAGAACAAGGGUACCUGUGUCUUCAAUAAAAACAGAGGAAGACUUGACCAAACAUUUUGCCACCCAUGGCUACGAUGAAAAACCAGAAAGGAGGCUUCCUGCUCAAAUCACUGAGAAAGUGGCAAGGACGGAGAGUGUACUUAAAAAGAAGAUACGAGAAUGCAAGUCAGGCCGCUUCAUGGAGAAAGAGAAACGGAUCAUAGAAGAACUGAGAAGUCUACACUGUGAUCCCCAUCCAUUUUGUUCUGUGUAUCCCUCAGAAACUGACUUCACUUUUUGGAGGAUUGUCAUGAAAGGACCGCCUGAAACUCCCUAUGAGAAUGGAACCUUUGAGCUGUAUUGUCAGUUUGGCUUUGACUAUCCAGUGAAACCACCUGUUGUCCGGUUCUAUACUCCUAUUUACCAUUGCAACAUCAACAGUGUGGGAAGGAUUUGCCACCACAUAUUUGAUCGACAUUAUUCAGCUCAUGUUACUAUGAGAGAGAUCUUGGAUGCUGUAUAUGGACUUCUGAUACUUCCAGAGGCUGAUGAUCCACUAGACAGUGUAUUGGCAGAGGAAUUCCAUACUAACAAAGAAAUCUAUGAGCAAGCAGCUAAAGAUGACACUGCAGUAAAUGCAUGCCAGUCCAUGGAAUUCAUUGAAAAGCUAUAUAUAGGAGAAAGCAAUGUCCAAGUGCCCCCUCAUCUGAAAUGUCCCUUGUCAGGGAAGAUGUUCAUUGAUCCCGUCAAGGCCAAAGGUGGAUAUGUGUAUGAGCGAAGAGCCAUUGAGGAAUAUCUUAAGACACACAAGCAGCAUCCAGUAACAGGGAUGGCACUUAGUUCCAAAGAUCUUAUUCAAGAUAAGAACAUGAAAAGGAGUGUUGAGGAGUAUCGUACAUCCCAGAUAGAGGAAACGGAUCUCUAAAUGAAGUAGACACUGUUUUGGCAGUGAUUCAUCUGCAUUAUUAAUCACACAAUACUCUUUAUCUAUCAUAUUCAUUCUCUUUGAUUAUGGGGCACAGCUUUUUACAUCGUGUAGUAAUUACAAAAUUCCACUAUAUAUUAUUCAGCUGACAUAUUUUGUGUAUCUUAUGUAUUUUAUACAAGAGAGGUUAUUAUGGAAGCUUGUUUCUAGCAUGGGAUAAAAAAAAACAAUUCAGACGACUUAUUGCAAUUCUGGGAAAAUUGUGAGAUAACUCAAAACUGUUUGUUUGAGAUACAAAAGUAGAAGUGAGUUAAAUAAAGUUUUUUUUUCCUCAGAAUUGCAAGUUUAUAUACAGCUAUAAUGAGUUUAUAAUGAGUUAAUGAGUUUAUAACCUGCAAUUAUAAGAAUUGCGACAAAGUCUGAAUUGUGAAAUAAAAAUUCAGAAUGAACUUUUUUAAAUAAUUUUUUAUUCUGUGGUGGAAACUGCUGCAUAUUGUUGGUUCUGUGUAUUUUAAAGAAAGAAUACUUGAAUUCACUGUAAGAAAAAUACAUUUUCAAUUUCCUUUAUUCAGAAAAUUAGAAGUUCAGAAAGUUCAUCAAUGUUUCCAUUAAAGAAACUUAUUGUAAGAACAGUUAAUUAUAUUCAAAUUUACAUUUUUAUAUAAUUUUUUUACAUUUUAAAAACUUUGUUCAAAUAUAAUCAGCCUUAUCAUAUAUCAGCAGAUUUUUAGUAAUGUAUAUGCCUACAUUUGUUUAACGAAUAGUAAUAAUAAUACAUACAUACAUUCAUUUGUAAUUCAUAAAUUCAUCAGCAUUCGUUUGUUAACAUAGGGGAAGAUUUGCUGUUAUAUUUCACCAGUGUUAUUUGGGUUUAAAGUAUAUUAAAUAUGCAAAUUCCA